AUGAGUGAGCACAACCAAACUGUCAUCUCCCAGUUCCUCCUCCUGGGCCUGCCCAUCCCCCCAGAGUACCAGCACCUGUUCUAUGCCCUAUUUCUGGCCAUAUACCUCACCACUGUCCUGGGGAACCUUAUCAUCAUCCUCCUCAUUUUCCUGGACUCCCAUCUCCACACACCCAUGUACUUGUUUCUCAGCAACUUGUCCUUCUCUGACCUCUGCUUCUCCUCUGUCACAAUGCCCAAAUUGCUACAGAGCAUGCAGAGCCAGGACCCAUCCAUCCCCUAUGCAGGCUGCCUGACACAAAUGUACUUUUUAAUGUUUUUUGGAGAUAUGGAGAGCUUCCUUCUUGUAGUCAUGGCUUAUGACCGCUACGUCGCUAUCUGCUUCCCUCUUCAUUACACCGGCAUCAUGAGCCCCAAGGUCUGUGCUUGUCUGUUGCUGCCACUGUGGAUGUUGGCCACUUCCAAUGCAAUGAUGCACACCCUGCUCAUGGCUAGAUUGUCUUUUUGUGAAAACAAUGUAAUUCUCCACUUUUUUUGCGACUCAUUGGUACUCUUGAAGCUGGCCUGCACAGACACCUACAUUAAUGAGUUGAUGAUAUUUAUUAUGAGUGGUCUCAUUGGUAUUGCACCAUUCCUACUCAUUGUUAUGUCCUAUGCAAGGAUUGUCUUUUCUAUUCUCAAGGUUCAUUCAACCCAAGGCAUCAACAAACUUUUCUCCACAUGUGGUUCCCACCUGUCUGUGGUGUCUCUGUUCUAUGGGACAGUUAUCGCUGUUUAUUUAUGUCCAUCAACUAAUAACUCUACUGUUAAGGAGACUACCAUGGCUAUGAUGUACACAGUGGUGACUCCCAUGCUGAAUCCCUUUAUUUACAGUCUGAGAAACAAAGAUAUAAAAGGGGCCCUGAUAAAAAUUAUCUGCAAUAAGAAAAUCUCUUUGUAA